CCCGAUUUUCCAAGUGUAACAAGUGUACACAUAUAAAAACAAAAUUAGCAGAAACAAGAAAUAAAGUCGAAAGAGAAAAAUUACUGAAGAAACGUGAAAAACAUUUGAAACAGCAGAACGCAGAACGUAGAAAAUACUACAAGCAUGCACAGAAGGCAAAGAAAAGUCCAGAUGCAUAUCUAUCAAUCAUCAUAGAUGCGAUGGACCAAUCCAAAACCCAACUGCCACAUUUCCUAUAUGCCAGCAAAUUUACUAGUGCAAUGUGGAAAUUGAAGGUCCACUUGGUGGGAUUGAUAGUUCACGGUAUAGGAAUAUAUGGUUUUUUUGAUGUUUUUGAAUACCCUCAUUCUGCCAAUCUGACAAUUUCCACAUUGAUCAACAUUCUUGCCAUGACAGAAGAUCUACCCCCAACAUUGUAUCUUCAAAUGGACAACUGUUACAGAGAAAACAAAAACAGAUUUGUUCUUGGAUUUAUUACCCUGCUGGUUGAACUUGGUAUUUUUACUAAAGUAAAGAUGUCCUUCUUAAUGGUUGGCCACACCCAUGAAGAUAUUGACCAAGUAUUCUCAAGAUUUUCCUCCUGGUUGGGACGUAAAGCAAUUCUCACACUUCCAAAACUAAUGACUGGUUUUGAAUGCUGCACAACACCAUCACCAACUUCAGUGAGGACCUCACAUGUAUGGGAUGUGGCAGGGUGGAUAGGAAAAUCCUUAAAUAAGAUUAGCAACCAUUCUUAUCCACAUGUCUUCAAAGUAGAAAAGAGAGAUGGACAGACCAAAUUAUUCUAUAAAAAGUGGUCAACAGAUAAAGUAUGGCUUGAAACAACAGAACAACUUUUAAUGAAUAUACCUACAGAUGCACCACAGCCUGUUGUUCCAAUUUUGACCAAACUAGAUUUGAACAAGUUAAAGAAUGACAUACGCACAUCCUUCUCCUAUUUCAAACGAGACGAAGACAAGAAAUGGUGGGAAGAAUUUUUUGAAGAACUUAACAGUUUUGAGUCAACAUCAGAAACUUCAGAAACUCCUUGGCCACUUCAACAGUUGAUCACAAAUGCAAAGAAAAGAGACCAUGAAAUCAUCAUAGAACAACAACAACAAGAUGACGACAACGAAGUGACAGAUUUAUCAGAUGAAGAUGAACCUAUACCUCCAAUCAUUGUUGGAACUAAGAAAACCAGUACCUUGAAAAGUAAUGGUUCUGUGACUGUUGGGGAAAUGGUUCUGCUGAAUUUACAAGAAUUUUGCAAUGAAUGGCCACAGGUUGCACAAGUGGUGGAGAUUGAGGAAGCAAACAGUACUUGCACUAUCCACUGGUAUAAGGUGCAAAAUCAACCAACUGGAAGCCAUGUUCUAAGCCUGUAAGAGGGAAAAAAGGGAAGAGAGAACCGUGGAUAGUGCAAGUGGAUAUUACUUCAAUUAUUUAUGGAAAUUUUGAGCUAACUAAAGGAGGAUAUUUACCUAAACACAUAAAGGAAUUUUGUACAUCUUUUGAAAAUUAAAUUUAAGGCUGUUCGCUGAUCUUGGUUUUUUUUUGUCAGAUAUUCUGAAUCCUCUGCUUUUAUCCAUGUAGUCUAUAAAAAAAAUGGCCAAUAACUUCUACUUUUCUUUUCAUAAUCUUAUUACACAUAGUUUGAAAGCCACUUAUGAAAAUCUUAUAUAAUCCAUGUCAUUUUUAUCAUACUUUUGAGAGAAAUAAGGUGCAUAUGUUAAAUGUAUAAAAAGGUGAAGAGAGAAUUGUCUCAUUUUUCCUGCAUUUUUAAUUCUGAAAUUAAUGCACUAGCAUUUUAUAAGUCUUUUAAAAAACUUGUCAUUUUGAAACAGAUUGGUGAACAUCCUUAUGAAUGAAAUUCAAUAAACCACAGCCUCAUUAUAGCCAUAUUUUAAAAUGUUUUAUCAAAUGAAUUAGACUUACUGGUAUAAUUUUUUUUCUCUCAAUUUUUGCAUAAUGGUAUAAAUAUCUUAAGAAAAUGUUUCUUCACAAAUCCAUGCAGCUAUUCACCUAACCAUAACUGGUAUUUUAUCUAAGGGUCAUUUAUUUUGUUUUUGAAAAUACUUUCUUUGAAAGAAAUAAAACCACUUUGGAACAAAUCAUUGAAAAUUUGUAAGCUUUUUGAAGUUCCAAUAACCUGGAAUAUGAAGUCUAACCAAAUUUUAAAGCAGUUGAUAGAAUUUGCAAAAAAUAUGUCUUAAAAGGUUUCACUAAAAAAAAUUAAAAAGGAGAGAUAAUAAAGUUACAUUGAUCGAUUGUUGUUUGCUUUACAUAACUAAGUUACUUACCUAUGAAUUACGAUAGUAUGUUGAAAAAUCACAUGGGGAGUUAGUUAAUUUAUAAAUAGCCUGGGAUUUUGGCUCAUUGCUUGACGGGCGGAAUACAACGACAGGGUUUCCUCAAUUUGAUGUUAGAAUAGGAUAGCAUCAUUUCUUGACCAGUGGAGAGAUAUAUUUAUAUUGCCACGCAUUUAUGGAAAAUUAUUUUUAUUUUCAUAUGAAAUGCAUAUUUUGAAUAAUUUAGUAAAUCAAGUUAUUGAUUAAAAUCGUGAAUCACCAUUUUAUUAACAAUGUGAUCAUAUAUUUGUUGUUCAUAGAACAUGCACAUGCGCAGUAAUUCAGUCCUGUUCAGCACAGAUAGUUGGUCACAUAGAUUGUAUUACACCUGACCCUAACUAGAUUGGGUAGAAUGCCAGGCUAUAAAUAUUACUAGCGGCAGUUAAAGAAUUUUUUUUUUAAACCAAGAAAGUUGACAAAAUCAAUUGUUUUGUAGCCACUCAUAACUGGAUUUUAACCAUAUUUAACACUGGAUGUUACAAAUUUGUUUCCAACAUAAAUCUGAGUGUUUCCUUGGGUCUAGAAAUAAUGGCAGUUAACUAGAAGUAACAUCAUAAAAAGUAAAUACAUAAUUUCUGUUUUAGACAAUAUCUGUCUUUUUCUUUAUACUGCAACUAAAAACUGUUUAAAAGAAGACAUCAACAUUCUGCAAAAGCCUUAUAGAUAAAAAAAAAGUUAAAAAUCAAACAAGGCUUUAUACAGUAAAUAUUAAUAUGCUCAAUGCAAUCUGACUAUACAAAUUAAACUGUUGCAAUAUAAAUCGAAAUAAAGAUUACAGGCAAUUAAUUUGUUUUUAAUAAUCAGGUUGGUAAAAUAGUGUCAUUCCAGGAAUGUUUGUGAAUAUUGUUCAGAGUACAUUUUUAUAUUUUAAUAAGCUCUCAUAUUGUAUAGUAUUAGCUUGAAAGAUAGUGUAGAAUAUAAUUUGUCACUUAUUACAUGUAUAAUUUGCACAAGUGCAAAAUAAUUGAAUAUUGCUUGCUAACUUUUUCUUUACAUUCAGUGGAAAAUAUUUUGUUGCUAUACAAUAAUCUUUAAUCCUAAUAGGGAAGUCUGUCAAUUUUCUAAGUUUGUUAUCAUUGUUAAUCAGUAGUUACAUGACAACUAAUAUUUAAAUAGCUGUUCCAUAAGUUGUAUAUAUAUCAAAUAUGUAUUAAGGAAUCAGGUGAAUGCUUUGCUUGAAAUAUGUCUAUUUUAUUUAUAUUUACUGCCUUCAAUUUGAUAUAAUUACAUAAGAUGUAUGUUUCAUUAUAGUACGUAAUUCUGAUUGGCUUACAGCAAUCUCUCAUCCACCUUCAUUUCAAAAUUAAUUGUCACAUUCAUGAUGACACAUGCUUUUACAAUAAAGUGCACAGGUAAAUAAAAGAAAAACUUGAUAGUAAUUGUGUUUUCAUGAUCGAAGCGAAAAAAUGUCAUUUAAACAAUUGAGUGCUUCUUUUGGUGAUUUCAUGGGGUUGUAAAAGCAUUGACCGUGCACACAUUUUUAGAAUACAAUAUAUCAACGCUUUUACAUCCCAAAGAAUUUACUAAAAGAAGCAUUCAAUUCUUAAUAAUUACAUUACAUGUUUGUUUCAUUAUAUUACGUUAUUUUGAUUUACUAACAGCAAUCUUGUGUCCUUCUGAAAUUGACAUUCAUUACACAAUGAUAUUUAACAUUCAAGAUGACACGGAAAAUGAAAUAAAAACUUGAUAGAAAUCGUGUUUUCAUGAUCCUUGCUAAAAAAUGUAAUUAUAAGUAUUGAAUGCUUCUUUUUGUAAUUUUAUAGGGUUGUAAUAGCGUUGACCGUGUGCACAUUUUUAGAAUGAAGCGCUUCCGUGAUUCAUACAAAAUGUACUUUGGUCAAUACUUUUACACCCCAAUGAAUUUACAAAAAGAAGCAUUUAAUUUUUAAAUGCAAAUAACAUUUUUUUAAAUGGAAUACUUGACUACAGAAGGUGGACAACUCUUUUUUAAUAACACCUUUGAAGUAGAUUCCUUGUACUUCAUUCAAAUGAUCAAGUUGAAGUACUCAAAUAGCAGACAUUGCAUGAUUAAUGAAACUCUAUCCUUGCUUCUAGGAAAAGGCUUUUUAUGAAUAGACUUUUACACAGAAUGUGUCAGGUUAAGGGGAGAUAAUGAGCAACAACAAGAAAAUGUAAUUGUUAAUGUUAUUAUUGGCAAUUUUUCAAUAUUGCAAGUCUGUAUUUUCAAUGCACAUUAAUCAUUUAAAGAGAUGUAGCAAAAAAAUAUAUUAAUCAACAUUGUAAAAAUAUUUGUUUGAAUACAUUCAUUGUCAUUUCUUUUUCAUGUUCUUAUUAUUUUAAAACUGAAUCAGCAUGUAAUUUAGAAAAAACUAUUAUAAGCAAUUUAUGGGUAAAAAAUUGAAA